UUUCCGUGUUUCGUCUGCUUUAGCAAUCUAAAAAACCGGCAAAGACUUUAUUCUAUCAUCGAUAGCCGUGAGGUUGGUUAGGUUCUAGCGGGCGCAGACGCUGUUUCUAGACUUUAUUUCCUAUACGAAUUCGGGGAAGUGAUACCACUUGUUAUUCGAAGUAUUGAGUCAGCAAAAAUGCCGCAAAUCCAGAAGCCCGCUCCACAAUUCAAAGGCCAAGCCGUUAUUAACGGACAAUUCAAGGAGAUUAGCCUUUCGGACUACAAGGGAAAGUAUGUGGUGUUGUUCUUCUACCCUCUAGACUUUACAUUUGUUUGCCCAACUGAAAUCAUAGCAUUCUCUGAACGGGCCCAGGAAUUCCGUAAGAUCAACUGUGAGGUCAUUGCAUGCUCCACAGACAGCCACUUCACACAUCUGGCAUGGAUCAAUACCCCGCGCAAACAGGGCGGAUUAGGCAAACUAGACGUCCCAUUGCUUGCCGACAAAUCCAUGUCGAUCUCUCGCAAUUACGGCGUUUUGGAUGAGGAUAGUGGCGUACCUUUCCGUGGCCUGUUCAUCAUUGACAACACACCAGAACAGAAACUGCGCCAGAUCACUGUUAACGACUUGCCUGUUGGUCGUAGCGUCGAUGAAACUCUACGUUUAGUCCAAGCAUUCCAGUUCACCGACGAACACGGUGAAGUAUGUCCGGCAAAUUGGAAACCCGGCGAUAAGACCAUGGUCGCGGAUACCAACAAGUCUAAGGAGUACUUCAGUGCCGUUAAUUAAGAGGAAAAAAAAAAACGGAAACAGGGAGUCUGUGUAUGACGCUAAGCGUUACAUGGAACAGAGAUUUGUGUUUUUUAUGAUUUAAUUUCGAAGUAACAAGAAUAUGCAAAUAUCCUAGAAGUUUUCAGAACAUGUAUUCAUGGUAUUAUUUCAUAGAUGCUACUAAUGUUUAUAAUUGAUUUAUUUAUUCUCAAAGAUGUAAAGUAGUUGAAACUUGGCAUGACUUGGCCAUGACUUUAUGGCGAGGAAUUGCCGUUUAAACAGUUCUUACCUUGUUCCUUCGAUUUUUUUUUAGUAUUACCUGAACAACUCUAAUUAUAUCGAGCUGAAUAGAAUUCAAGAAUGUCGAAAUAUUUGUAAAUUGAUGGAAAUAAAUGAAAGUGUACUGCUUUAAAA